CUGGCUCAGAGGAUACAGAAGCUUCCCUUCAAGUCCUGCAUCUUUCAGCUCACCAUCUAACUCCUCUUAGCAGCACUGCACUAGGAGGGAAAUCCCAUUUCCACAAUGUCCAUUGAGGAGAUUCGUGCCCGGGAAAUCCUAGAUUCUCGUGGGAAUCCAACUGUCGAGGUGGACUUGUAUACCUCAAAAGGAAUGUUCAGGGCAGCUGUACCAAGCGGUGCCUCCACUGGCAUCUAUGAAGCUUUGGAACUGCGUGACAAUGAUAAAUCCCGAUUCCUUGGCAAAGGGGUUCUGCAGGCAGUAGAUCACAUCAACAGCACUAUUGCCCCUGCUCUUGUGAACUCUGCCUUUUCGGUUGUAGAGCAAGAGAAGAUAGACAACCUCAUGCUGGAACUGGAUGGCACAGAAAAUAAAUCUAAAUUUGGAGCUAAUGCCAUUCUGGGUGUUUCCCUGGCUGUCUGCAAAGCUGCCGCUGCAGAGAAGGAUGUACCCCUGUACCGUCAUAUUGCUGACUUGGCUGGAAAUUCAGAUCUCAUUCUGCCAGUCCCUGCUUUUAAUGUGAUCAAUGGAGGGUCCCAUGCUGGAAAUAAACUGGCCAUGCAAGAGUUUAUGAUUUUGCCUGUUGGGGCUGAAAGCUUCCGGGAUGCUAUGCGCAUUGGUGCUGAAGUCUAUCAUAAUCUCAAGAGUGUCAUCAAAGACAAGUAUGGUAAAGAUGCUACCAAUGUAGGAGAUGAAGGGGGCUUUGCCCCAAACAUCCUGGAGAACAGUGAAGCUUUAGAGCUGCUCAAGGAAGCCAUUGAGAAAGCUGGUUAUACUGAUAAGAUUGUGAUUGGCAUGGAUGUGGCUGCAUCAGAGUUCUACAGAGAUGGCAAAUAUGACUUGGACUUCAAAUCCCCUGAUGAUCCCAGCCGUUACAUCUCUGCUGAUGAACUGGGUGACCUCUAUCAGAGCUUUGUACGGGACUAUCCAGUGGUAUCCAUUGAGGAUCCUUUUGAUCAGGAUGACUGGGAAGCCUGGUCAAAGUUCACGGCUAAUGUAGGGAUUCAGAUAGUGGGAGAUGACUUGACAGUGACCAACCCCAAACGCAUUGAGCACGCAGUUGAGGAGAAGGCCUGCAACUGUCUACUGCUUAAAGUCAACCAGAUUGGAUCGGUCACUGAAGCUAUUCAAGCUUGUAAACUGGCUCAAGAGAAUGGCUGGGGGGUGAUGGUGAGUCAUCGAUCAGGGGAGACUGAAGACACCUUCAUUGCUGACCUGGUGGUGGGACUCUGUACUGGGCAGAUAAAAACCGGAGCUCCGUGUAGAUCUGAGCGUCUGGCAAAAUAUAAUCAGCUAAUGAGGAUUGAGGAAGAACUUGGUGAUGAAGCUCGCUUUGCUGGGCACAACUUCCGUAACCCAAGUGUCCUAUAAACGCAUCCUGGCAUACUCUGGCCAUGCCUGCUAUUUCAGUGCACAGACUCUGAGUGCCCAUUAGAUCACAUCUUCCAUCGUCCUUGUUCCACACUCUCCUGCUCCUGGUCUUCUCAGACCCACUCACUGGAAUUGCCCAGGAUAUGCAAAGACUGACGCUUCCUUUUGCCUGUCAUGAUGCAAUGCUGCAAGUCAGCUUUGUCUAUGUUGCGCAGUGUCUGCUGUUUAGACCUGCUUGAGUCAUCGUUAUACCCAAGUACAAAAUGAUGUCAGCAUGUUUGCCCUGGUGUUUGGCCAGUAUUUUGCACAUUUGAAGAUUGUCUUUAAAUUGGAGUCCAGAUUGUAUUUGCUUAUUGAUACAAGAUGGUGUUUUUGUGUUUUUGUCCCUUGCAAUAUCAGCAUCUAUGUUUUGAUCCCUGUGAGUUGUGUUUAAACUUGUGUGUUGCAUAUUGUUAGUAACUGGUUGCUUCAUUUGUAUGUGUGACAGGGAGAGUGGGGGG